AUGGAAAAACAGGGUUAUAUUAAAGAGCUAGAAAAGAAUGAUGAAAAUAACAUUAACAGAAGACUGCAGAAAUUGACAGCUGAGCUGGAAGAGUGCUAUAGACAAGAGACUUUAAAAUUAAAAGAAACUUGUAUAAAAGAAGUGAAUACAAAAUAUAAAAAUGAUCUUGAGCAGAUAAAAAAAGAAUUAAAUGCUGUUAAUUAUGAGGGAAAUACUCAGAAUUUGAAUAUCAUUGUUAAUUUAAAUAAUAAAUUACAGGCAUUAGAAAUUGAUAGCCCCUUCUUCUGCAAGGAACUUGAGAACAGCAUUGAAAACUUUGUGAGGAAACACUCAGAAAUUGAUUGGAAAUGUAGAACUCUGGUAGAAGAACUCAUACUACAGCUUACUAAUACCGAAGAAAGGGCAAGAGAAUCCAAGCAUGAAAAGGAAUGUUUAAAUCAAGAGAUUGAAAAACUCAGCUCUUUAAUUCAGGAAUUAAAUGACAAACUCCUCCUUGAAACAGAAAACAACAAAGAUUUACAUUAUAAAUAUGAUAAAGAUAUCUGUUUCUACAAAAUGAAGUUAAAAGAUUUACAGCGAGAGACGACGCUGUUACAAGAAGUAUUGGGGAGGCAGAAGACAAAACUUGAAGAGAUGCAGAGUACACUGCAUCGAUAUGAAAGUGAAUUGUAUUUGGCUAAUGGGGAAGUGGAUGGUUUGCAUGAUUUUAGAAUAGACACGUUGAAGAACGUGUUGGAAGAUGCAAGGCAGAACCUAAAUAAAGCCAAAGCUCUCAAGGACAUGGAAAGCUUUGAAUCUGGUUAUUACUUAAAGGAUCAUAUAGCAGAAAUAGAGCUAGAGGCUGAUACUGAAAACACAGAGAAAUUAAUUAAACAUUUUGAUUCCUCAGAGAGGCAGGAUCAGUCAGGUAUAUUUAACAGUCCCGCACAUUCAGACCCAGGAAAAGCUGCUUGUCAGACAUCCAAUUUGCUACAGGAGACUUUAAAUGAAAUGGAACUCAGUGAUAAAUCUAUAGAUUUACUUUUUUCUGGGUAUUGUUCACCAAAGAACGAAAUAGAAAAGCAAAACAGUGUAAGUGAUUAUCUGAUUGACCUGGGGAUUGGAGAUACUAGCCCGAUAAAGCAGAGCAGUGAAAAAGGAAUUAUUUUUGACAAGGCUUUUCAGGAAGCCGGAGAAGAUGCAACAGCUGGAAUAACAAGUGCACACUUAAAAGAACAGGAGGCACAUGUUAGUUACGAUGAAUCUCUCAGCCAAAAGAUGGAGAAGGAACUAGAACCGGAAAACAAAAAGAAGCAAGGAGAUAAUAGUGAUUUAAUCGUUUGGGCUCAAGAAUUCAAGUGUGCAAUGCAAGAUUUAACAUCUCAUUCAUGGGAAGAAAUGGUGAAGGACCUUCAGCAGGAAAAAGAAAAUUUAAUGACGCAGCUGAGACUGCAGGAACAAUUAGUAAAAGAUGUUCAGGAGCAAAAGACAGCCUCUGAUUCUGUGACCAGUGAAGUACAGUCUCUGUUUGGACGACAGCUGACCGUUUUGCAGAGGCAGCGGGAUCAAAUGCAAGCCCAAAUUGAUACCCAGAUGGCUAGGAAUAAGACACUUUUUGAACUUCUUGGUCAAAAAGCUAUUUUAGAAAAAUUCUUACUGAAAGAACAGGAGGAUCUCAAGUCUGAAAUCAGUAUCAAAGAACAAAGUUUGUCAUCUUUACUUAAGGAAAAAUCAGCCUUAGAAGAAAAACUGUUUGCAGUAGGACAGCAUCUGAAGGAAGCAGAAAAUGCUUUGGAGGAAAGUACUAACAAAAUAAUGAUGUUUGAACAAACUGUUGAUGAGCUUAAUGUGAAAAUGAAAAGCAUUCAAGACUCAAAUGACGCUGAAAGGCUAGCAUUUGAAGAGAAACUGAAAGCCAGUAGUUUAGAAUUACAGAAGCUUAGCACUGAAAUAACACUGAAAGAAAAGGAAUAUAUUCACAAGGAAAAUGAGUUGAGCGAAGAAGUGGCUUCUUUAAGGAAUGUUCAGUUGGAACUUGAAACUCGUCUAGAGGAGACCCUAACAAACAUGAAAGAGAUGCAGGCUGAGUUAGGGAGAUUUCACAAGGAAGAGCUUAGUAGAACCGAGUCUCUUUAUCAGUCUGAGCUUUCAGAUAUAAAAUUGCAGCACCAGAAGAUGGUAGAAGAUCUAAAUACAGAAAUAAAAAAGAACAUGGAAAAGCAGAAACAGUUGGAACUGGAACGAAAAGAACAGAUUGGAAUAAUAAAAAAGCUUCAUGAACGAGAACAUGACCGUGAAGUAGCUGAGCUAGUUAUUCGGCAUGAGGAUGAAAUGAAAGAGUUACACGCUAAAUUAAUGAAAGAGCAACAGCAGUUGUUGGAUGAAUUGCAUCAACAAAUGGAGGCUGCACAUGAGGAAGAGAUGCAGGAAGCAGAGGCUCUACAUAAUCUUAAAGUGGAAGCUUUAAGAUUAAGUUCAAAUAAUGUGCACACCUCUCAGUUGGAGCUGAUCCAGAACAAUCUGAGGAAGGAGAAGGAAACGGCCCUUGUGGAGCUGCGUGAGAUGCUCAAUGAUAAGCAUGCUCAAGAAGUAGCCGUUCUUCAAAGCCGAUGCCAGUUUGAGCUGGAGCAUCUUAAGGAACAAAAUCUGAAGGAAAAGGAAGAAAUGACUUUGAAGUAUCAAAGUGACCUGGAUAAAGAGAGGAAAAAAGUAGCGUUGGAAAUGGAGGAAAAACAUGCCAAAAUAUUAGAGAGUCUUAAAAAAGAAUGGGUGUUGAAUACAGAAAUCAGUUGUAAAAACAUAUCUGAAGAGUUAUCUGAAAAACAUCAGGCUGAGUUGAAUGAGAUGAAUCAAACCCUGAAAUCAGAACUUGAAGAAGUAAAAGGAAAGCUGCGGAGCUUGUCCCUAGCAAAAGAACAAGUUGAAUUGGACCAUAAAAAUCUGGAAAACCAGUAUCAGCUUGCCAUGACGAAGCUGCAGACCGACCAUGCCCAAGAAUUGCAAGACGUGAAAGAAAAAAGCAAGAAACGUGAAGAAGAGUUACAGCUGAAGAUAGAAGAAUGUCAUGCUGUACUUGAAAAACUAAAAGCAGAAUCACAAGAAGAAAUCAAACAACUCUGGUAUCAACUGGACAGUGCACGAGCAAGUCGGCAAGAACUAAGUGAGUUAAAAGAACAGCUGCUUGCUCGCACAUCACACAUGGAAGAAAUGGAAAACUUGAAAAAAGAUUUUCAGAUUAAAUGGGACAAAAAAAGAAGCGAACAUGAAAAUGAACUGGAACAACUGAGACUUUAUUUUGAAGAGAAAUUGAAGGCUCUGGAGGAAAACUACAGAGAAGAAUUAACAGUGCUGCAUGAGAGGCUGCAAGAAGGAAAGGAUGAGACUCUAUUGGAGAUUGAGAAUGGCCAAGAUGAACAUAUGGAUUUGGGCCCAUCUGUCACACUUUUAGAAGAGAUGACUGAAAAAGAGAGAUGGGAUCUCUUUGAACAGCUCACUGUGCAACUGGAGCACCACAAGGAAGAACUGUCUUGUUUACAGCUGCAAUUGGAUAAAAAACACAAAAGUGAGCUAGAGUUGCUGAGCUCUUCUCUCACAUUCCAAUACCAAGAGAAUCUAUUGAAGAUGAAGAUGGAUCUCUCCGAUAGAUACACUCAUGAAAUUGAAGAAUUGAAUAGAAAACACAGCUUAAAUCUUGAACAACUCCGUGCCAAGCUUUCAGAGGAGCACCUCAGAGAAAUGACUAAAGUUCGCCUACAGAGUGCUCAAGAUGCCGCACGUCAAAUAGAAGCAGAGGUAGCCGAACGACUUGUAGCACUGGAAAAUGAGUACAAAGUUAAAUUUGGUGUUCUUGUAGCUGAGAGGGAAUCUUCUUCCACCCAACAAGAAGAAGUAGAAAAACUGAGGAGGGAAAAUUAUAAAUUAAAGAAAAUGAGUGCACAGGAGGAAAUUCUCUUGAAAGACAAGAUGGAACAGAUUAAAUGUAAACUCAUUGAAGAUCAUGUGAACGAAUUAAGAAGAGCUAGAGAAGAGGUCCAUGAGAUAGAAAAAAUCCACAAAGCCAAAGCUGAAGAAUGGAAACUGAAAUGGGAGGACUUGAACAUAAAGGCUGAAGAGACAUUACUGGCAUAUAAAGAGUUUGAAAACAAGGCAGAAUAUGAGAAGCAAGCGUUGCAAAAGCAGUUUGAACUUCGUGAGGCUGAGAUGACUGGCCUUCAAGAGCAGCAGGUGGCUAGGAUCACACAGUUGGAGAAAUCCCUAAAGGAGCAGCAGAACAAUGCCCGGCAGCUGGAGGAUACUUUAGCAAACACACAGAAGACUUUGGCUCAGUAUGAGAGUGAACUAACUGCCUCAAAGGCUCUCAUGGCCACAGAGUUAGAAAAAGUGAGAUGUUUGUUCCAACAGGAAUGCACCGCUAAACUUCAGGAUGCACAGAACAGGUUUAUGGAAGACAGUAAAGCUAUGACUAAAAAGUUAGCUGAAGAACAUGACAUUCUUCUUCAGGAGCUGAGAGAAAAGCAUGUUGGUGAUCUGGAUUCUCAAGGGAAAGAGCUGGAGGAUAAAUAUAAGAACCAAAUGUUAUCACUCGCAGCAGAUCUACAGGCCCAGUACCAAGCUGAAACUGAGACCCUCAAAUCUACAUUAGAAAGGGAACACCAGAUUCAUUUAGAAACAAGCGUGGCUGAUCUGCAGAAAAAUUAUCAAGCCCAGAUGACGGAGAUGGAGAAUAAGCAUUUAUCAAAUUUGGACACUUUGGAGUCUGCAUAUCUCUCUGAAAUUCAGCUCUUGCGGGACGAGCACAGACAAGUGGUUGAUAGUUUACAGGCAGAUUUACAAGAACAGCUACUUAGACAAGAUAAGGCACAUCAAGAGCUCCUGGCUCAAAAUCUAGCAAGGAUGAAACAGAAACAUGCUGAGGAGCUGCAAGUUUGCCAAGAAAAUCUGAAAAUAGAGCUGGCUACAGCUCACAUAGAAGAACUUAAAAUAAUUUCUGCCGAAUUGGAAGAAGUUCAUAAGGAAGAUUUAAGUGCAGAGUUAGAAAAACAAAGAUGCUUAUUAGAACACGAUUAUCAUAAAUCCUUGGAUUUGUUACGGAGAGAAAUCCUCCAUAUGGAGGAGCAGCAUAAAAAAGCAAUGCAGGAGCUUCAGGAGCUUCAUGUUGCAGAGAUUCAGAAGGAAAAGGAACAUUGGCAUCAGCUUCAGAGGGAGAGAGAGCAGCUAAACUCAGACAAACAACAGCUGGAGGAGAAAAUCAAGUCUUUAAACAAAGAGAUGGAAGAGGCCAAUGCUGAACUGAAAAACCUACAGCAACGGGACAGAGAGAACCAGGAAGGAGAGACAUUAAUAGCUUUGUUGAAAUCUGAUAUUGAACUUUCUAAAAACGAACGGAAAAGACUGCAAGAAUGUAGCCAGCAGGCUUUAAGAUUGCUACUGAUAAUGGUGAAAGCCACAAAAGAGAUAGAGGGCCUUAUCAGCAAGAAGACGGGCCUUUGUCUUGAUGACAGCCUGGCAUCUGGAGAUUCAAGAGAGAGUCAUAGUACAAUUGGAGAAAUUGUACUUUCUCAAAAAAUGAUGGAGAAAUGGGAUAUGAAGAAAAGUGAGAGGGUUCACAAAGGGCGAGUUCUUGAUGAAACUCUACUUGAACACAGCUUUGAAUCUUCAGUGCCUGAUGAAGUAUCUGAGCUGAGUGAGCAUUUAUGCGAAAGUAUUUUUGAAAACCCAGACCUGGUAUUUGAAAAUGAAGAGAGGAUCCAUAAAAUUUCUCAUUCCUUGCAUAGUGCUGUAGAAAAGCUUCUAGCACUGCUUGCAGAAUCAACUAAACAAUGUGAACAGGAAUUAAACCGUAGGAAUUGGGAAGCAUGCCAGGUGGUUAAUAAGCACCAUGAGCUGAUGGAGUGCCUGAAUGAAGAGAGUGCAGCAAAGAAUCAGCUGGCAUUGGAGCUUCAUAAAGCCAGAGGGCUCAAUGAAGGCUGUUUGGCAGAGAGAGAUGCCUUGGAAGCAGCCCUGCAUAUGAAAGAGGAGUCCAAGCGCUGUCUUGCUGUAGAAUUGGAGAGUGUGAAAACACAGUUCCAAAAUCUAACCCAAGAACAUACAAGAUGCAUUGAGGAGCAGAAGUUAAUCAUAAGUCAAAACAAAGCUUUGGCUGCCAAUUUAGGGGAGGGAGAGAUUGACUUACUGAAGGAAGUUGAACGUCUCUCAAAAGCAAAGUUAGAGCUGCAGUGUCAGGCAGAAAAGGACUGCUCCACCUUGAAUGCUCAGUUGAAAAUUUUAGAGAUGGAACUUGAAGAGCAGCUGAACAAAAAUCAAAAGAUGGCAAUGAUGUCGUUAGAAGUUGUUGAUUUAACACAGCAGAUACAAGCCCUUGAAAGACAGUUGAAGAGUCAACGGGAUUUCAUGGAUAAACAAGCAGCUGAACGAGAGCAUGAACGUGAUGAAUUUCAGGAAGAAAUUCAGAAGCUAGAAAUGCAGUUAAAACAAACAGAGAAAAACCAGGCUUCUGGGAAGUCCAGAGUAUUGGUAGAAUCCCUCUAUGAUGAAAUCAAAGAAAGAACUGAUGAUUACAACAAGCUCCUCUUGGAUAGAGAGCAGAUGCAGAAAGAACUUGCUGUUCGAAAUGAAGAAAUAGAAAAACUGACAGCAAAGGUCAGAGAACUGGAGUGCCUGAAAAUAGAAGAGGCAAAGAAUGUCAAUCAGCUGACACAAGAAGUACAGAAAAUGAAAAAAAUGGAGGCCGAAUGGAAACAAGAUAAGGAAGCAUUGCAGCAGCAACAGUACAAUAAUUUGAUUCAGAUUUCUACUCUGCAAUCCAAACUGGAUGAAAUCAGGCACAGAGUGAUUCCAGAAGGGAGUAUGGCUCAUAUCUUACAGGGAGAGUUAAAAGCGCAAGAGGAACUUUUAACAAAAAAGACAGAAGUUGCAAACUUGUUAGAGCAACUCAAACAAUUUGAAGAGGAUUUGAUAAAUAAAAAUGAGGAAAUAUUGCACCUGAGUUUAAAGUUUGAAGUGGAAAAAAGUGAUUAUGUCUCCAAGAUAAUCCAGCUCCAAGAAGAAAAUGCAUACCUAAAAGAAAACACUGAAAAACUUCACACAAGUCAGAGUCCAGGGGAUAGUGAAUUGGCUCUUCUCCAGUUUCUCAAGUCCUUACAGGAAGAAAAGAAUCAAGAAACAGACCAUUUGAAUAAGCAGAUUGUGCAACUAGAACAUGAGCUUGAAAGCUACAAGGAAAACAAGGUGUUGGAAAUGCAGAUGUUUGAAACUGAGGACCUGAAAUCAGUUAUAGAACAUCUUCGUGCUGAUAAGGAACAACUGGCGAGGGAUACAUCAGAAGAAAUAGAACAGCUCCAUGGAGUAAUUGAGAAUCUUCAAAAAGAGCUCGAGCUUCAUGAACCUGUUAGUGAUGAAGCUAAUGACAGCCAAGACAAUUCUAAUACCCUUGUACUAGAAGAGGAGGGAGAGAAUCUUCAGAAUGAAUUGCAGAGCUCAUCAUCGAAUUAUCUGGAGAACAGUGACGGAGAUGCCAGCUUUUUGCUCCUUCAGCCCAACCGGGAACAACUUUGUGGACAGCUAGAGAGAGUUUUGGCUGACAGAGAAACUUUGCAGCAACUGCUUGAAGAAAAAGAAUCUCAGUUUGAAGUGGAGAUAAAAAAUCUAGAACAAAACCUUAAGAAUGUUCAGGAGUCUUCUAGACAGUACUUCAGAGAACUGACAGACUUACAACUACAGUAUAAAGAACUGCAGGAAGACUACAAGCAGUUGGAAAUGCGCUUAACAGAAAGAAAUACUGAAAUAACAGUUGCUACUUCCUGUAUUGAGGACCUUGAAGGUAAACUGAGAGAAAGGGAAGCAAAACUUUCAGAGAGAGACUUGGAGCUCCAGACUGUGUCAAAGAAGAAGGCAGAGCAAGCAGCUGAAGUACUGAGAGAAAAAGAAAAUGUCGCGCAACUUGAAAAUGAGCUCAAGGUCUUGGUGGGCACCCUGCAUGACAAAGAGGCCGCUUAUCAGAGUGAGAUUAGUGAACUUAAAGCUGCUGCUACGAAACUUAGGUCUCAGACUGAGAAGACCAUGGAAGAACUGGAAGCCCUGAGGUCUGAGAGAGCUCUUUUUCACUUACAGUUGAAAUUGUCCGUGGAAGAGGACCAAUAUGAUGAUCAGAAAGAAACUGAACUUCAUAAAUUGAUUCCAGAAGAAGAUGCCUUUCAGCUUUCUUUAGAAACAGAGGAAGGGGGAGAAGAGGAAGAACUAAGCAACAAGCCACCAGUGUCGGUUAAAGUUUCUUAUAGUGAUAAACAGGAAAGAGAUGUUCUAAUGACUGAUCUAAAGACCUCCAGCAAAAAUCUUAAUAUUCAAGGUAAACAUCUUGAAGAAAUGCUUUUGAUCGAGGAAGCAGGAACAACAAAUUUAAAACCGCAUGGUCAACAAAGAUUGCAGCUUAAUCAAACCCCAAAUUCUUUGGUGUGCGGCUUAAACAAUCUUUCACAAAGCAUGCAGCUCACUCAACAAAUACCAGCAAACUUCCAAAGGAUGGUUAUGGAUGAGACUCUGUGGGACUCUCCUGAGAUUAUGAGAAAACAAAGUAAUAGUGUGGAGCGCCAGGCAAGUGUUCAUCUAACGCCCUUCUCAGAAGUUGAUGAUGUGCACAGCGUAGGUUUUGAAAGCAUGAGUUCAGAGUCCUCGGUCAUACACGCAGACUCCUCUGGAUUGUUGAGGUGCUACCAUUCCUAUUCUGACAAUCAAGAAACAGCAAACAGCCCCCCCUUCCAGUUUCCAGCAUUCUCAGGACCUACCUUCUUGGACGCUGAAUUCAACGGUGGGAAGGAAAACAUUUCAGCAAGAAAUGGUGAAAACUUCACUCUGAUGCCGUCUGAAUUGCAAAAUGAUUUAAGAUCAACUAUGUCCAGGCUUGAGGGUGCAAGCACCGACUAUGGCUGCCGUACCAGUUCAGAUUUAGUAUUUCAACAUAAUAACGAAAUUACAGAAAGGACAGUACACCAAGAUGGCAACAUCACGCAGUGUCUUGGAAUGGUUGCAGAUGUCACUCAACCAGGAAUGAAAGACAGAGAAGUGUUUUCACAACAGAUAAAGAACUUGCUGAAGAUGGUAUAUGAAGAAAGCUGCAAUAUACUGGUUUUGUCCGAAAAAAGCUUGCCUGGUAAGGAGGAAAAAAAUGUCCCACAGGCUCCCCUAAUGGAGGGAUUGCAGAAAGACAGCCUAUCCUUGCUUGAUGCAGUACAGUCAUUGAAGCGUUACCUUGGCGCAGUGCCAGAUAAAGAUGACAAGGAACAUUCAUCUGCUUUUUUUGACUGGAGAGGAGAACUACUUCAGGCCGUCCAGUGCGUGUUAGAAAAGGAGCGGAACAUGUUGCAGAGCUACUUGCAGUCACAUUUUUGCAAUUCUGGAUCUGGAGACGAAGGAUCACUGGUAGAAAAGCUGGAGCAUAUAGCAGAACAGCAAGAACGGCAGCAAAAGGUAGUUCUGGAGCAUCUUUUGUCUUCAGACAGAAACAGCUUGCUUACUGAAAUACAAGACCUUCAAGCUCAGUUGCGACUGAUGCAUCUUCAAAACCAGGAAAAGCUGCAGCAACUCCAAGAGACUCUUAUUAAUACAGAGAACCAUGGAAGCAAGCAGGAACACCAGCUUCGAAGGCAAGUUGAACUACUUGAAUAUAAACUUCAGCAGGAGAAAUCCAUCGCAAAUGACUUGCAGGCUUCUCUAAAAAGUGAGCAAGAAAAGGCCUCCGAGAUGCACAAGCUUCUGAAACAGGAACACGCUGCAAUAAUGAACCUGAAACUGGAUCUCUCUGAAAGCAAGAAAACAAAUGAGAAGUUGCAAAAGGCUUUACAGGAUCUCCAGAACGAAGUAAUCAAGUACAGUUCCGCGCUGGAAAGCAAAGAGAAAAGUAUGACAGCUGUACAUCAAGACUUGCAGAAUGAGCGCCUUAAAGAAAAAGAGCUACAGGCUAUGUUGGAUGAACAGCAGCAUCAGCAUAAGAUAAAAGAGGAUGAAAAAUCAAAAGCAAUAGAGGAGUUGCAGGCUGCCUUGGAGCUACAGUGCAUUCAAAACAACCAAUUGUCCGUGGCUCUAGAGCACGAGCAGGCUGCAAACAGCAACCUUCACAAAGAACUUAAAAUUGAGCAUUCUCGCUGCGAGGCCUUGUUGUCCAGAGAACAGAAUAAGUCACUGGAACUGCAGAAAAAUAUAGAAGCUGAGAAGAGCCGCAGUUUAGAGCUUUCAAGCUCUUUGAACCAUGAGCGUGUUUUAACAGAACAGCUGAGCAGGAGAAUAAAUGAAUGUGGGUCUUGUAAGCAUAAAGAUUCAUUGCAAGAACUGCAAGCACAGUUGUCUCUAGAGCGGUCCCAUGCCAGGGAACUGGCAGCCAUAAUUGAGAAGACCCAACAGCAAGCUCUUGAUUCCAUGAGACAGAUGGAUAAAAAGCAAAUGUGUGAAGAACCUGAGAGAGAACAAGACCUCUUCAGCAGCUUACAGAUUACACAGGCGUCGUUGCAAAAUCAAAAGCAGGACAUUAUCCAUGCCUUGGAGAUAGAGAGGGGAAAAGAGGUCCAAAUGAAGAGGGAUUGGGAUCAACUGCAGGCAGUCCUCAGAUCCCUCAGGGAUCAGGACAACAUGGCCGAACAAGGAGCAAGAGAAACAAAGCAAGAGCAACGAAGGGCGUUGGACAAACUAAAGGAACUUCAAAAAGCUAAAGAAAGUCAGCUGGAAUUGCAACAUUGGCAGAACACUGGAAGAAUUGAGGAACUGCAACACAUGCUAGAAGAAUUGAAGGAGCAGGAAAUAUGCCUUCUUGUUCAUAAAAAUCAGUACAGACUUCCUUCAUGUCCUUCAAAAAAUUGCACCACCAACUCAGCAGUUAACACGACACUGCUGCAAAUGGAACAGCAGAAACUAGAAAACAUCAGAGGACAGUUGCUCAUUGCUGCUACUUACCUUUCUGAGUUUGCAUAUAAAAAUAUAGACAGAACAGUUAACUGGCCUGCAUUAAAUGAUGAAACCGUUUCAGUCUUGUUGCAUACACUUGAGGAUUUGAAAGCAGAAUUACUGACUUCUUCCAGAGCUUUGGUAAGAGAAUCAUACCUUACAUGUAUUAUGAUUUCCAUGCAGGAACUGGAAAGAAUUGUGUGGCCACAACAGAAAGCUGUUUCCCAGAAUGGCUUGAAAGCACCAGAAUAUGAAGUAAUAAAAACUAGUUCUGUGUCUGAAAAUAAGCCAACCAUGGGUUCUUCCAACCUAAAGCUGCAGAAGUUAUAUAGGAAAUAUUUGCGAGCUGAAAGCUUUAGGAAAGCUCUCAUUUAUCAGAAAAAAUACCUUCUGCUGCUUCUGGGUGGAUUCCAAGAAUGUGAGCAAGCAACGCUGUCCCUAAUAGCACGCAUGGGCAUCUAUCCAUCCCCUCCGGAUCUUCGUGUUUCUGAAUCACGGAGCCGUUCUUUUACGAAGUUCAGAUCUGCCGUUAGAGUGGUCAUUGCAAUAUCAAGGUUAAAGUUUCUGGUGAAAAAAUGGCAUAAAGUAAGUAGGAAAGAGACAGCGUCGGAAACCCUUUCACAUAGGACGGGACACAGAUCACAUCCCAGAGGCAUAACAGAGGCACUCAAGCAAUCACAGCCUUUCUCGGACAUUGAUGCGGGGUCUCCUGCAACUCGAGAAACUGGAUGCAGCAACAGAAACAGCCUCAUGAGGCUUGGGAACCACUCACCUAGAUCGCCACCUCAAAUGAAUGUCCGGUUCACUGGCUCUUCUUCUCAAGCUUCAUGUAAAGAUCCUGAACAUUCAUUAGCUGACUACAUUACUUAUUUGGAGUCCAUUCAGGAAAGGCUAGGAAUGAUCAUGCCAGGUAAUAUACCUACAUUCUGA